CUUUUUCCAAUGGAAGUUAUCUUCUUUUUAGUUUCUUAAAUAUACAUUUUUGAAGAUCGCAAAUAUGAAGAUCCAAGGCAGAACAUUCCUCAUUAGCGGCGGCGCAUCAGGCCUCGGCCGCUCCUGCGUCGUCGACCUCGUCAAGGCCGGCGGCAACGUCGCUGUCCUCGAUAUGAACGAGGAGCUCGCGGCUACCCUCGUCGCGGAAUACCCCAAAUCCACAAAGUUCUUCCAGGCCAACGUCCUUGAGACUGAGUCCAUUGCCACGGCCGUCAAGGGCUCGCUGGCAUGGAUCAAGGAGACCGGCUAUGAGCUCGGCGGCGUCGUUGCCGCUGCUGGUGUCUCUACGCCCGCGAAGAUCAUCGAUAGGAACGGCAACCCCUUCUCCCUCGACGACUUCGACUUCGUCAUGAACGUUAACGUCCGCGGCACCAUCGACCUGAUCCGCCAAACUCUCCCACACCUCACCACCGUCCCCCCCGUUGGUCCUGAGGGUGAGCGCGGCGUCUUGAUCAUGGUCGCCUCGUCCGCAGCCUUCGAGGGUCAGCCAGGCCAGGUCGCCUACGCUGCCUCCAAGGGCGCCAUUGCGUCUCUUACACUGCCGCUGACGCGCGACCUUGCCCGCUACGGAGUGCGUGCUGUGACAAUUGCGCCCAGCUUGUUCAGGUCGAACAUGACGGCUAUGAUGAGUGAUAAGGUUAGGGGGAGCUUGGAGAGGGUUAUGGAGUUCCCGAAGAGGGAAGGGCAGCCGGAGGAGUUUUCAGCGCUGGUUAAGCAUGCGAUUGAGAAUGUCAUGCUGAAUGGCACGGUGUUGAGACUGGAUGGAGGUAUGAGGAUGCCGAGUAAGAUGUAAGUGGGGUUUCUGGACUUCCAGCUUGGAGGUGAUGGGUCGGGAGUAGCAAUACAGUAGUCUCGAGACGAGGUCAGGAUAUCCGGCGAUGUGGAUUAAUGGUUACGGAAACUUUACACAAGGAGUUUUGGAUAUAAAUAUCCAUAUCCUGCGCUAAAAGUAUCCUUAUAUUGAGGUUUCACUGUAACUAACUAUCUAUUUAAAAAAAUUGUGUCAUACUAUACAGCAUACGUAUUUAUACCACAUGUUAUGUU